GACAUCUUGGAUGACAUGGGGUUGAGUAAAUUAUUAGCAAAAGUUUUUUUUUUUUUUUUAAAGUGAACUACAGUACUUCUUUAAGCAGCUUUAGCAGCAAAUCUGGAUUAUGUGACACUGAAGACUACUGAAAACUCAGCUUUGCUAUCACAGGAAUAAAUUACAUUUCCAAUAUAUUAGAAUAGAAUACCCUAAUUUUAAAUUGUAAUAUUUCACCGGAAUGUUUUACUGUAUCAUGUUUCAGUUUAAGCCUUGAUGAGCCCAAGAGACUUUCAUAACAUUAAAAAAAAUCUUAGUGACCCCAAACGUAGCUACAUAACAUAGCUGGAUAAACAUCUAACUUGCUAUGAGGAGUUAAAAAAAAAACUGAUUUGUAUUCCCAAACAUACCUGAAUAACCAAGGAAGCCACCAAGUUGGAGACCUAGACGUGCUUUGACAUUGUAACCAUCAUUGAAUAUAUUUGUCUUUUAUUGCUAUUUUAAGCAUAAAACACAGGAUUGUGCAUAUUGAAAUAUCCAUAUGUGGCUUGUAGUGAUUAUUAUGAUUAAAAAAAAACAUUCCAGUCAUAAACAGCUUUAUGCUUUAGUUGGUUACGUCAGGUAUGGGGUGUAUUAAACUUUUAGGGUCCUAAAACUGAACACCUCAAUUUUCCUUUCUUUUUUGGGGGGGUUAUGUUAUGUGGUUUGAAAUUGAUCUGUUCUUUAGUCAAGGUAACAUUGUAAGUGGCGAUCAUGCACAAUAUUUGUUGGGAAUUGUUGCUUAUUUAAGCAAGUUAACAAUAUGAGAGGAAUAAGAGAUUACAUGAAGAGAAAGAUAUAAAACGUUCGAAUAUUGAUAUAAAGAAGAUUCAUGUUCAGUUUGCUGUCUGUUGCAAAAUAUGUUUAUUUUUAUUGUUGCAUUUAUUUAUUUAUUUAUUAAUCUGACUUUUUCUUUUGGUCAUUUAUCUGAAGGAAGAGUGUGCUGUAAGAUCAAAUUCAUUAUAAUUUGAUGAAAUUUAAAAAAAAAUGUAUGAAAAAAGCAUAUAUUUUCCACAUUGGCUAUAAUUAUAGGUUCAGUUACGAUUUUAUAUUGUAUUACAAAUAUAUUUAUUUAUUUAUUUAACCAGCUAUGGUAAACCUGUGGUGUUACCUGUGAAAGUGCACAAUUUAAGAAUAAAGUGACAAGAUCAUUGAAAAGCAUAUCCUUCAUUCUAUAGUGACUUUAUUAUUUGCGUAAUGUUUCAGUUUCGGUGCAUUGACAUUUAGAUUGGCUUUUUAUCAAAUGGGCAAAAAAGUUCAUUCUUGAUUGACUGCAAGGCUUCAUAAUGAGGAAAGGAGCUAACAUAACAGAUUAAGUUAAAAAUCUUAAAAUGAACUCACUGUAAGCCUUAUUUCUAUUAAUUACCACAUAAAAUCAUUAUCUGAGUCAUGUUAUUGCACAAUAGUCUUUUAACCACCAGGGGGAACAUGAUUCUAUUGGGAUCUCCAAGACUCACCAUCUCAGUGUUCCUGUAGAGAAAAGAUUUCAGGGGGGAAAAAACAAACAAACAAAAAAACACCACAAUUCCAUAAUGUAAUUUUAUUUAUUUAUUUUUACAGUUUUCCGCUGCCAUUUAUACUGAACCUGUAAUCAUAUUCGUAACCUUUAUAGGCUACUGCAUCCUUAACUGAUGAAAGAAGAGAAAUAAAGAAUUGUCCGACACUAGUUAUUUGGCUUGGUUUUAGAUGUGGUUCAUGAAGAUACAAUGCUGUCUGAAAAGCUCUUAAGAUUAUAUAAAUAAAAUACAUGUGCUUGGGAGGACUUGACACUGUGAACAUCUAAAGAGAAUCCUUUAAUUCAACAGUCUUACAUGGAGGAGAUGAAUGUAACCUGGUUGUGGGCGAAGAGAGAGAGAGAGAUUUAAAUGGAACUAUAGAAAGAGGCAGAAUCGAAGGAACAGAUGGACUUGGGCAGAUUAAGUGAAAUCUGGGUGGGUUUGUCAUGAACAUACAUUCAAGGAUGAGAAUGAAUAAAAGAAAAGAGACAGUGAGAUAAUAAAAGUGAAACUGCAGAGACAGACGCACGUUGGCUGAGGUGUUCCAGGGGGCUCUGGAUGGACCAGGACAGACAGAUGUACCUUGUAGAUUAACCAAGAUCAUGAAGGAUUACAAAGAAAUAGACUAUGGUGAUUAAGACAUGGAAUAAGUACGAAAUACUCUGAAUGUUGUAAUCUCUCCACGAAAGAGGCCAGGUGGGAGAGAUGGGCAAGAACAAAGAGAAGAAACAAGGUCCUUCUUGAUUGAACAACAACAAACACAUCCGAGAGACACAUUCAGCAUAAAGAUUUCCUUUGACUUUGGGUGCUUUGAGGACAUAUUGGCUAUAUUUGUUGCUCGUGGACUGAGGGAACAUUUGUGGAUUUUUCUCCCGGCUGUGAAAAAAAUUGCGUCUUUUAUAUGGAAUCCUAAGAAAGGCAUUGGCAAGUGUUUUCACUUCCUCAAAUCCGUCUCAUUUCCUUUCCUUUCCCUCCUCAGCUCAUCAUCUCACUUCCACCGACCUUAAAUUCUGCAUCUUCAAUUCCUAUUCAUUUCCCUCGCUCAUGGACUCCUCCUCUCUGACUUUUGACAUUGGCAUGCGGCUUCAAUCAUGUUUAGUAAUCUUACUUUCCCAUACUCCACUGCCCGCAUUUCCUCCUCAACUGGAAUUUCAUCUGUAGGUGCAUAUGCAUGCAAAGCUUCUUUCUCAGAGCCUGGAUGUUGUCUUUUCCUUGUUAUCUGCUUUAUCAGGUACUAUCUGUAUCAUUCCACCAUGUUGGAGCAGAUGUCUCGCAGGAGUCGGUCCUUGCUGUCUCUUUCGCUGACCUCUCUGGCCCUAGCGCUCUCUGUGCUGGCCUUCUGCACCUCAUAUUGGUGCGAGGGCACACAUAAAGUGGUCAAACCUCUCUGUCUGUCGCCUGUGAAAAUGAAGAACUGCGGACAGAACAACAGCCAGCCUUACACAGCUGAGGUCCCAACAGCAGACCCUAAGAAACCAGCUUCCAAUGUGACAAUGUCCCCAAAGCAGAAGGAGGAAAUGGACCGAAUAAAAGCCAAAAAUCUGGCAAAUGCAGUCCAUUACAUCUGGGAGACGGGAGAAGACAAAUACAUGUUGCGCUACUUUCACACUGGCUUCUGGUUGUCCUGUGAGAAACACAGCGAAGGUGAGAAAUGUCGGAGCUUUAUUGAACUGACCCCUGGAGAAACACAAGGAGUUCUGUGGCUCUCAGUCAUAUCCGAGUUUGCAUACAUCAGCCUCCUGGCGAUGGGCUUCCUUCUGAUGUGGGUGGAACUGCUGCUCCUGUGUCUGAAUAAGGAAAUGCAUGCGCUCAAGAUCAAUGCUUUUGCUGCCAUGUGUACUGUGCUGUCUGGUCUGAUGGGAAUGGUGGCACAUAUGAUGUAUACAACAGUAUUCCAGAUGACUGUCAGCAUCGGGCCCAAGGACUGGAGACCACAGACCUGGGACUACGGCUGGUCGUUUGCCAUGGCGUGGAUCUCCUUCAGCUGUUGCAUGGCAGCGGCCGUUUUCACCCUGAACUCUUACACCAAGACUGUGAUCGAGAUGAAGCACCGUGCCCGGAUCCGUCUGGAGGAGGCCCGUGCCGCCAGCCACGCGCCGCCCUAUGAUGAGGUCAUCACGACCGGUGGUGGGAGCCUCUACUCGGUCAGCCAACUGGUUCAGCAAAGCCAGAAGGGUGCGUUUAUCGACACUGUGUGGACCCCCGGGGAGGAAGUAUCUGGUGGGGGUAUGGUGGGGGUGAAAAGUCCUCACGGACUGGUGCUGGUGAGGGGGUGCGGGAGAGAGGGAUGCGAGGACUGCGAGAGAGAAAUGGAUGAGGUGGAAGAUGAGUUGGAGAGGGAAGGGAAUGAUGAAAUGUGCUGAGGAGACAUGAUAAUAAGGGACAUUCGCACGGAAGUAACGCCCAACUAAACUGCAGGAAGUCCUUCGUCAUUGGCAGCAUCAGUGACCAAGUUUACAUGCAUGUCAUUUUCCAAUUCAGAUCCAUACUUUGGUUAAGCCUUUAUUCUGAAAAAGACGUUUACAUGUAUUGCAGCCAUUAAAAUAUCCCUUCACGUAAUCAGCAUAUUCCGAAUAAACAUGUGAAGUUUC